AUGGCCCUAAGCGCGCCCUCAGGCCAGAUUGAUAGAAGCCAACUGCGCGACGCCGCAAAUGGCGCCAAUGGCCUCAAUGCCGCCAACAGCGCGAAACAUCUCUCCAGUGACACCGAUCGAGUCCUCGUCCUGUCGCCGGGUGUAACGCUCACCCUUGGAAGUGAUGCCCUGCUCCUAUCUUCAGCUAAUGACACUCCAAACCGCAUUCCAUAUUACAACAUCCUCUGGGCCGAGAUUGUUGACGAUUGCAGAUGGCUCGUCAUAGACUACGCUGGACAAACGCGCGCCCACCAUGUGGAAGCGCGCCGGGCCAAGUUUGCCAUUCCGGACCAAACUCUCGAGCAGAGUCCUGCCGGCAUCGUCGAUCAAGUAGCUUCGUGGUUGGAGUGUUUGCUGGACCAUGCCUACGCCGGCGGUGCGGCACGCCGCAAGCGCGCCUGGGUUCUUGUCAACCCGCACGCUGGCCCUGGCGGCGCCGACAAGAUCUGGGAGAAACAGGUCCGGCCCAUCUUUGAGGCCGCUCGCAUGACCCUGACCGUGGUGCGGACAAGUUACUCUGGACAGGCUGUCGAGCUGGCUCAAGAACUGAAUAUCGAUGACUACGACGUCGCUGUCCCGUGUUCUGGAGAUGGCCUGCCGCAUGAGGUCUUCAAUGGACUCGCCAAACGUCCCGACGCCCGUCGCGCCCUGUCCAAGAUCGCCGUGUGCCACAUCCCCUGCGGCUCUGGCAAUGCAAUGAGCUGCAACUUGUACGGCACUCACCGUCCGAGCCUGGCAGCGUUGGCUAUCGUUAAAGGGGUACCCACGCCUCUGGAUCUCGUUAGCAUCACCCAAGGAGACCGCCGCAUUAUUAGUUUUCUGAGCCAGGCCUUCGGUCUUAUCGCAGAAGUAGACCUUGGCACCGAGCAUCUUCGUUGGAUGGGAGCCGCACGCUUCACAUUCGGUUUCCUUAAGCUCGCAUUUCAGAAAAAAACAUACCCAUGUGAUAUCGCGGUCAAGGUAGAGAUCGACGACAAGCAGGCCGUGAAAAAGCACUACCGGGAACGGAUAACAAGCGCAGCAUCUGACAGGCCAAACGACAAGCAACCCUCUGACCCGAACGGCGAUGGCGACGCUCUCGGCCUUCCUCCCUUGAAAUAUGGAACCGUCAAAGAUGAGUUACCCGAGGGUUGGGAACUCAUUCGUUGCGAAAAACUGGGCAGCUUGUACUGCGGAAAUAUGGCUUACAUGGCACCAGAUGCCAACUUUUUCUCAGCCGCACUCGCCAACGACGGACUUAUAGAUCUCAUCACUACGGAUGGUGAUAUCUCGCCGUUUAAGGCUAUCGGGUUGCAAUUAUCGAUAGAAUCCGGUCAUUUUUUUGACAAUCCCCUCGUAACGUAUAGGAAAAUUUCGGCAUUCCGCAUUAUUCCACGCACAAAGACAGCAGGAUAUAUCAGUAUUGACGGCGAAGCCAUCCCGUGGGAACCUUUCCAGGCCGAAGUCCACCAAGGACUUGGUCUGACUCUCUCGAAAAAGGGCAUCUUUGAGGCCCCGGGCCCUCGGGAUUGGGACUCAGUAACGAUCACUGAACGCUUGUUGGCUUAG